AUGGAUACUCCCGUUGUCGGACCCUUCGGAUAUUGGGGAGAGAGAGACGGAUUGAAUGAGUACCCUUGGCCAUCGUGGAUGCCUCUAGAUGUGCUCUCCAUUCCUCCCAUGUUGGAAAAGGAUGGGCGAUUGGCAGCACUAAUUACGCAAAACAUUUACCAGAUGGUCUGUCCUUCUUUGUCUUGGUGUCAUCCGUAUCGGGUGUGGCGUGACUGCUACCAGCCAGCCGUGAUUAGAGCGGGGGUCGUUGCUGACGACGAUUGGGCAAGGAGGCACGUCGAGGCGCUCGGUUCAAGAUCAAUUGAAGUACAAAUAUGUAUGUAUCUCGUAGAGAAGACAAUACACCGCCGCCCAGGAAAUCCAAAAGAAGCUCGGGUCAUUCUCAAUCUAGAGUUGUGGGAUAAGUGA